UAUCUUUGUAAACGAGAGAGAAAGUUUCCCGCGGAAUAAACUGUUGAAUAGUCUACCUGAGACGACGGUGAAUUUUAUGAGCCAGCGCUCAAGAUCUUAAUUGUUUCCGUCCCGUUGAUUAAAUAAGACUAUGGAAUUUCAUCAUUUCGUGGUAAUCUUGUGCUUUGGUCAUUUGGUCCGGUCGAAUCUCACGACAGAAGUUCCGGAUUUAUCGCAUAAAAUCACCUAUCGUGAGGACUCAAAUUCGCAAACUGGUGUUCUCAGUGUAAACCGGAAAAAUGUGAUUCCGACAAAUCUGCAGGAAGUUUUAAAUUUUUACAACAGCAAAUCGCUGGCAGCAAUCUGGCCGAAUUUUAAGCAAAACGUGUCCAGAGACUGCCAGAAGGAUAUGGAUACCUACAUAGAGGCACUCAGAAAUGCUGAUCAUUGGGCUUUAAAAAUGGAUGAUGCGAGCGGAAAAUACUCAUCCGGAUGGUUUUGGGGCAAUAACUAUUGGCUGGGAUCGAAAAGCUUAUGCGAAAAUAUCGAACCAAACCCCAACGGAUUCAUGGCAAAUAAUCGUUCCAGGGUGGUGCGAAGUGCGAAUGUUCCAAGUCCAAGUCAAGCGCUUGGAUAUCGGGAAGGGCCGUUGGAUCAGGCUUCAGUUCCUCCCUUUUCUGUCUCAUUUUUUGUGCUGAAGCUCGAUGUUAAUGAUAGUUUUUCCCAGGAAGACCGUGUGCUCUCUGUAGGAUUGUGCUUGCCUCAAGUAUGUCUGGACGAAGACGUUGAACUGAUAAUGCAGGAAACUUCUGCAGAAUCUGAUAGAGUAGCCGUGGACGUGCUUUCGAUAAAAUCUAGUCAUAAUCGUUACAUCAUGUGGCAAGAUCAAACGUUUCUGAUACUUUGUGUUAUCACCGCAAUGGCAGCCUGUUGUUUAUCGGUUGGAACCUUAUUCGACUACUACCUAGAAUACCAGAAGAACCAAAACGUUACCACCAUCACCCAAAGGUUCUCCGUUCCCAGCUUGUCAUCCACCAAUGGAAAAUCUGGAAUUUAUGUUGUAAAUACAAACGACGGUAACAACAAUAAUGGAAACGCGUCUCCGAUUGAACCAUCUACAACUUCGCGCGAAACUGUUACAAGAUUAAUUAUUAGGGAACUGAUAUUGUCGUUCUCAGUGCGAGCGAAUCUGAAAACAAUCUGCGACCAGACGGUGGGAAGCGAUACCAUUCCAGUUCUUCAUGGAUUAAAAGCUAUCAGCAUGGCUUGGGUAAUAUUAGGACACACCUGCAUCGUGGCAUUCAAAUACUCCGACAACAUGGACUAUAGGAAAGUGGUGCAAAAGGAAUUGUGGUUUCAGACAAUAUCGAACGGAGCCUUCAGUGUUGAUACGUUCUUUUUUGUCAGUGGUUUACUCGUGUCGUUCCUGUAUUUCAGAACGAAUGCCAAAGGAAAGCUGGAUCCGCUUUCGAAAGGGCGAAAUGGAUUCGUGGCCGGUCUUUUACAUUUUCUUGGUUUAAUGUUUUAUCGAUUUGCUAGACUUAGCGUACCCUACGUGUUCUCUUUGGGUGUAAACAUUGUGGUGAUGAAAUGGUUCAAUUACAACUCAGUCUUCGAGCCACCAACUAUGGACCAUGUGAAUUGCCCUGAUUAUUGGUGGCGAAAUGUUUUGUACAUUAACACUCUUUUUCCUGUGAAUGAAAUGUGUAUGCUUUGGAGCUGGUACCUUUCAGACGAUACACAAUUCUACGCUGUGGGAGCAGUCAUUUUGAUUUUAGCCGCAAGUCACUUUAAGACCGCAGCAGUGUUAUUGGCACUUUUCUCCGCUAGUUCCUGGAUAACAACUGGCUUUAUUGCCUACAGCAACAGUCACGUUCCAGGAGCCGAUGAUCCUCUGGCUUUGUUUGACAAAAUUUACGAUAAACCCUGGACCAGACUGGGACCUUACAUGGUCGGCAUGUGCGUUGGAUGGCUCCUGUUCAAGAAAGACUGUAGAAUAUCCAUGUCCAAGUUGUGGGUGGUGAUUGGAUGGGUGUCCUCCUUCGGUCUACUCCUAGCGCUGGUUUAUGGAUUGUAUGAAGUUCAUCUUUCUCCAAUAGCUGGGGCCGCCUACAGCUCGCUCAGCCACACUGCAUGGGCUGUAGGCCUGGCAUGGAUCGUGGUCGCUUGCGUAACUGGCUAUGGAGGUAUGAUCAAUAAACUCCUUUCGCUGCCGAUUUUGUACCCAUUCAGCAGAGUCACCUAUUGCGCCUACCUGGUGCAUCCUUUGCUGAUCAGAUUCAUGGUUAUGACUAUGGACAGUCCCGUCCAUUUGGGGAGAGUUUCCACUGUUAUCAUUUUCCUGGGACAAGUUCUGGCCUCAUAUAUCAUCUCUUUUAUAUUGUCCAUCGCCUUCGAGGCGCCGGUCGUUUCAAUGUUAAGAAUCAUUUCGAAAGUUGUUGCUCAUAAAAGGCACACAUCUAGCAACUUGUAAGGUGGCACAACGCUUUUUAACUUUAUCCUACGCUCAACAGAACUGAGUCGAUUCUCAUUUUCUACCUACUUACUAAUGGAACAUGUUAGGAUUUGAUGAUCUGCAUAUGGAAAAGUACUAGUUAGGAUAUUUUUUAAUUUAUUUUAGUUUUGUAGAGUUUGAACAGUCUGAAGGAAAUGUAACGAGUAUAUUUAUGAUACCUACAUGAAAAACUCAUUUGAAAAAUCUAAGCAUUUUACACAGGAAAACAAAGGACGUAGCAAAGUGCAACACAGUUCAAUUAACUUUGGCAUGAAAACAAGGUGAAUUAGGAUGUUUUUGCACCUAUAGGAGGUUAUUUUUCCUUUUGAGUACCAUAUAAGUAACGUAAAAAUGAAAUAGCCCGGGCAUAAGCAAAUAGCCAAAGAUAUUAGAUUAUACUGGGCCCGUUUCAUUCUGUAUAUAUUUAUUGCUUGAUACGUUUUGUGUAAAUAAAGAGCAAUUAGUAAUCUUGCCAAA